GCUGGCGCGGCCGCUCCCCGCCACCGGGUGCCGGGCCCCUAGCCAGAACGAGACCCCUCCCUUCCCAUGCGGCCGCCCCGACCCCGGAGGAUGGAUUCUCUUAUGUUACCUUCCGCAGUUAGCCCCCUCCCUUCAAAAUAUGGGUUCCCCCCACUGACCCUGUGAUGCCCAUCCCUAGCUGGGGCGCCUGGAAAAUGGUGAAAUGGGGACUGGGCUGAAAGGUGGCCCGCGGUCCUCCACGCCCCAGCCUAGAUCAAAGGGCGUGGGGCUCCGGAGGGGGACGCGAAGCCUUCAGCCAGGCGUCCGAGCGAUUUUCAUUCACUCCAAGUGACACUCCCUUAAAAUUAAUAACUGCAUCUGGGAGGGCGAGCGAGUCCUCCCCGCUCCCCUUGCCCCCUCGGCGGCAGGGGCGCUGGCCCCGGAAAGCGGAGCACCGGGAUCCAGCCUGGGCGCCUGGCAGGGAGCAAUCGCCGAGAGGGGAGUGGAGAUGCGGGGUGAGGCCGGGUGGGGGGCCUCGCCGCGGGGGGAUCAGGUCGCUCUGGCGGAGCCUGCGCCCCCGGCGUGCUCGGGCAGAGAAUGGAGGCCCGCUGAGGACGGGAACUCAGGCUCCGGGCCUGGGACACAAUAAUCCGGCCGAAGGCGACAGGCCACACUGGACUAGGAAACGAGGCGCCGGGCUGUAAGGUGGGCCCGCGCCUUUUCUCCUGCCUGGCGCUGAUUCCCGCAUUUUUCGCUCGCGCCCUGCGCUGCGCGCUGCCUGUGCGCCUCCCUCGGCGCGCGGGCGGGAGAGUCGGGCGAGCGCCAAGACGGCUGGGCCCGACUCCCACUGGCGCCCCGGCUCCACCUGGCGCUGGGGCUCCGGUCCCCAGUGGCUCCGGCCGGAGGGAGAGAACGAGGAGGGAGGCUUGGAAACGCCGGGAGGAGCGGUGAGGCCGACGCCGGGGAAGCGAAUCGAUACUGCGUUACUGGACGCCCGUGGGCCUCAUGAGGACGGUCGAUUCCCUCAUUCGUUAUUCACGAUUUAUUAGGGAUGGCGGCCGCGUCUGUCCCUCCAGAGAGCUCGAUUAUCCAUCCGGCCAGCAGCGCCAUUCGGCGCACUGACGGUGGGAGGCUCGAGUUAGAAAUUAGGAAAGGAAUCUUCGCCCAGUUUUGGAGCGCCUGCCUCCUCUUCCCUCGUUGCUCGCAGCCAAGGCGGCCGCGAAGCUGGAGGCCUCGGGUGAAUGCUUUCGCCCUCUGGCCGGCGACCAGGAGACCUGCGCACACUGGCCGCCGAGUGACCCCAGCUCGAGCCUGCAGCCACACCAGCGGGACGGGGGCGGGGAGGAAGAGGAAGGGCGGAGAGACUUCCUUCCAGAGGGAGUGGUCCGAGAACCGGCGGGAGAAGGGCCAAGGGAAGAUCCGGUCACCUGCUCCGGAGCCUGCAGGCGGAGAGGCGAGUAGUUCACCGGCCCCGGAGGAAAGGGGACCCGCCCACUGUUCCCAGGCAAAUGUGUCGCCGGCAUCCUGGACUCUGCCAGGGAAGACGCGCUUCCACUCGCUCUGCAGGGAGUGGGGCGCGGGAGGGACUCCCAGCCAGCCGCCCCUCUCUGGCUACAAGACCCCGAACAAGAGAAAUCUGUAACAGGGGCUCUGCGGAGAUCUGGAUCCUACCCACCAACCACAUGGGCACCUGGGGGGCUGCCCCUCGGGGCAUUAUCAGCCAGUGGGAAGGGGGUUGACGUUCGUCGGCGGCCCAUGAAUCCUGGAGGGCUGCCCGAGGGGCCACCGGGGUCCAUCCACUUAUUCCUCGGUUGUUAAGCGCCAGACAGGAGAGAACCGCUACAGAGGAGUGUGCUAAGACCCCAUUACCCACUAAAACUCCAUUUUCAUCUUUUGUGUCCUGGAUGACUAGUCUCCACAUUCCUGGCCUUUCUGGUUUCUCAGGAGAACCUUCUGACCCAUCUCCUCCCACAUCGGAAGAGUUUCCUAGUCUUUUGUUCUACUGCUAGCCGACAUAGAAAGCACCUGUCAUGUGCCAGUGUCAAAUACUGCGCUAGGAACUGAGAACUCAAGGCACAGGAGCCUGGCUUUUGCGCGGGGCGCUCACAGGCCGGUGGGUGCAAACCCUGAAGGACACACAGCCUGUCCCUUUAGCGCCCACCGCUUCUGGUGUGAGUUCCCGCUAAGGGUGGGUGAGUACUGGGGUGGGCUUCCAGAAGAGGCCUCCUUUGAGCCGAGUCUGCAGAGACCAAGUGUCUAUGAGAACUGCUUAAGAGUGCUUUGCACAUUCUCCUCCACAAAGGUCGAGGCUCCCACUGCGCCCAGGAAUGCGCCUUGUCAGACAUUAGGCGCCCCUUGAUUUUGUGUUUGCAUCUCACGCGGUCCUCUAGCUGACAAGUGCAUCAGAAGAGUCACAGUGUCUGUCACAGGCUAGAGGCUCGCAGAGGACAGGAACGCGGGAAAUCUAGGCAAUUACCUUCAGCAUAUACCAAGAGCUAUUGCGAGGAUCAGAUCCCUUUAAAAACGGUGAUGAGACAGAAGAGGGCGGCUCCUCUAGAGCUUUCCGGAACGUCUUUACCUCUGUGUCCUUUAUACCUUUUAUCUCCCCCAAACAAGGUCGUUGGUCAGUUUCUCCUAUUUCCCAAUCUUCCUGCCCCACUUCUCUAUGUAGUUUUAGGGAGAAAAUGUGUUAUUUGCCUUUUUCUCUGAUGCUUCUCAUAUUAAAUGCGUCUAUUUUCCCUCUCUCCAUUGUCUUGAGGUCUUCCCCACUCACCCUGCCUAGUUCUCCGUCAUGUCCCUUCUCUCCCUGUAUCACAACAAUGUUCUCCCUUUCUCACCUUUGUUUCUCUUCAUACCUGUUUCUCUCUGUGUGUCUCUCUCAUUCUCUUCCCUUCCAAAUGUAGUAUUUGGAGAUUGUAAUAUCGAUUGAGACAGACAAUAGAAAACUGUCGAACCUC